AUGAUUUCUCCAAGAAUUUAAAGUUCUAGUUUCAACCCAAUAAACACAUCAAAUGUCUUUACUUCAACUAUUAAUGAUGAUGCUUAGAAUACUAGUUUCUCAUCUUAUCAUGUAACUCCCAGAUAAGGAGCUACUCCUAGAUAAUUGUCUAGAAUUUAAGAAAACAAUGAAUGUGAAGAUUCUAAAAUAACAGAUACUGAUCCUGAAACAUAUAGAGAAGUAAUUAAAGAGUUAUCAACCUAACUUUAAAUGGCUAUAUUAGAAAAUAGAUAAUUGAAAGAUAAAAUUAAUGUAUUAGAAGAAGAACACAAUGAAAGUUUUUAAAUAGUCAAUACAUAAAAUCAAAUGCUUUAAGAUAGUAAUUUUACAUUAUAGGAAAAAAUUAAUAAUUUAUUUUCAGAAAUUUAGCAAAUGCAACUCCAAUUAGAAUAGAAAGAUUAAAAAUUAAAAGAGGUUAGAGAAAAUAACUUAAUUUAAAAUUAAUCAUCUGAUAAAAUGACUCAUUUGAUAGAUGAAAAUUAAAAAUUAAUUAAAAUUAUCUAAACAUAAUAAUAAGAAAUUAAUGAUUAAAAAGAUGUUAUUAAAUAAUUUGAAAAAGCUUUAUAAGAUGCAAAAAGUAAAUGUGAAUAAGAUGUUAAUGAAAAAUUAAAUAAUAAAGUUAAGGAAAUAGAUUAAUUUAAAAGUGAAAUUGAAGUAUUGCAUUAAUAAUUGCAAUAAUACAAAGAAUAGAUUAUGCUUUGGAGUUAAAGAUAUUAAUCUUUGGAUCAAAAUUAUUAAAUAUAAUACUAAGAUUUAUUUUAAAAGUUUAACAUUAGUUAAAAUUAACUAACUGAAUUAUAAAAUAUAUAUUAAACGUUAUAAGAUAAUAGCUAAAGAAAAAUCUAAUAAUUGGUUUAAGAAUUAGAUAAUGCCAAAGUAGGAACUUUAAAAAAAUAAUAAACAAUUAAAAUUCAAGCUUUAGAAGAGAGAAUUGAUGAAUUAGAAGAACAAUUAUAAAUUAAAAAGAAUUAAAUUUUUAAGUUAAAAGAAGAAUUAAUUGAAUAUUAAAACAUUUCAAAAUUGGCUAAAUAAAGGGAGACAGAUAAUAUAACAGAUAAGAGAAGUAUUUAAAUUUAUAAAAUUAUUAGUUGUUGAAGAUUAAAAAUUAGAGAAUUAUGAAUAAAGAAUACGUUAAUUAGAAGAUAAACUUGUUUAAUAGGAGUAAUAAAUUAUUGUUACUUAAUAAAAUUAAUAAUAAUCAUAUUCAAGUUUACCAUAAUAAUAAUAUUAAAGUUAACCAUAAUAAUAAUAAAUGGUUUUAGUUUAAUAAUAAUAAUAAUAAUAAUAAUAAUAAUAAUAAUAAUAAUAGUUAUAUGAACAUAGUUAUUAUGCAAGAACUAAUGAAAAUAAAAAGUUAUAAUUGUUUUCUGAAAGAAAGGAUAAUGUAAGAAUGUAUUAUAGUUUUGCAAAAGAGAAUUAAUAGAUUGAAAAUAAAUAUCCUAGAACUGCUUUAAAUUAUGGAAAUAAUUAUUGA